UCAAAGUUCACUAUAUAGAGAGCUCAGUGAGCUGAUCGGAGAGACACCACUCUGCCAGCCCUUUCCUACAAAUCGCAAUCACUUCCUACACCCCCCCCGCCCGCCGGCUCCCCCUGUUCUCUUUAGCAUAUUUGAUCACUUUGAAUCCAGGCUCCAGCCUUUUAUUUGAGCUUUUAUUCUGCAUGAAGGAUGUCCAGCAGCCUGUGAACUGCUUCCUCUCUCUGCUGCCCUGUUAUUGUUAUUGUUAUUAUUUGCUGCUGCUGCUGCUGGAGACUGGACUGUGUGCAUGUGUGAGUGAGGCAGAGGAGGAGGAGGAAGAGGAGAUCAGUGCAAGUGCUGCUACUGCUGGAGAGAUACCCAGGGAGCCUCCACCACUGGCUGUGACAGUUGCAGUUGCAGUAGAAGUCGCAGCAGCAGCUCUGGGAAAGACGCGCUCUCUCCUGUGCGACUGGGAACCCUUCAGCCUUCUCCCAACUCCAUGGCUUUUCUCCAUGGCUGAGAGUGAUCUGCCCAGGACCUGGCCCCCAGCGAUCCAAGGGACAUCCCCGACUCUCCUCGUGCACUUUCCCGGCCAAGACACCGCGACCCCAAGUCUGAAGCUCAUCUGAAUUGAUUUCACUUCCCCCCUUUCCCCCCCUCGACCCCUGUCUCUUUUCUUCUUCUUCUUCUUCUUCUUCUCCUUCUUCUUCUUCUCCUUCUUCUUCUUCUCCUUCUUCUUCUUCGCCUUCUUCUUCUCCUUCUCCUCCUUGUUUUCUUCUUCUCCUCCUCCUUCUUUUCUUCUUAUUCUUCUCCUUCUUUUUCUUCUUCUUCUUUCUCCCCCUAAGAAGAAGGCAACAAGAAAGGAGGGAGAAACGUUUCCCAAUAGAUAUGGCAAUGGUAGUGGGUGCGUGGCGAGACCCUCAGGACGAUAUGCCAGGAAGCCAAACUACACAAGCACCUCCAGGGCCAACCGGGGCCCCUCACACCCCGCAGACCCCGGGCCAAGGGGUUCCCCCUACAACCCCAGCCCAGUCCAACCCCUCCAGCCAAUCGAGCCAGAACCAAGGGGAGAAGCAGCAGCAGCAGCACAUCGAGUGCGUGGUGUGCGGGGACAAGUCCAGCGGGAAACAUUACGGACAGUUCACGUGCGAAGGCUGCAAGAGCUUUUUCAAGCGAAGUGUAAGGCGAAAUCUGACUUACACGUGUCGUGCCAACAGAAACUGUCCCAUAGACCAGCACCACCGCAAUCAGUGUCAGUACUGUCGCCUGAAAAAAUGCCUCAAAGUCGGCAUGAGACGGGAAGUUUCUUCUUUAUUUACUGCAGCAGUUCAGAGGGGCAGAAUGCCACCCACACAGCCUACACAUGGGCAAUUCGCCUUGACAAAUGGAGACCCUCUCAACUGCCAUUCCUACCUAUCCGGAUAUAUAUCGUUACUCCUGAGGGCAGAACCCUACCCGACCUCUAGAUUUGGCAGCCAGUGCAUGCAACCCAACAACAUCAUGGGCAUCGAGAACAUUUGUGAGCUGGCAGCCAGGAUGCUGUUCAGUGCAGUGGAGUGGGCAAGGAAUAUCCCCUUCUUCCCCGACCUCCAGAUCACAGACCAGGUGGCAUUGCUCAGGCUGACCUGGAGUGAGUUGUUUGUCCUCAACGCUGCCCAGUGUUCCAUGCCCCUCCACGUGGCCCCUUUACUGGCCGCUGCCGGCCUGCACGCUUCUCCCAUGUCUGCGGACAGAGUGGUGGCCUUUAUGGAUCACAUACGAAUCUUCCAAGAGCAGGUCGAGAAACUGAAGGCUUUGCACGUUGACUCUGCAGAAUACAGCUGCCUCAAGGCCAUAGUCCUCUUCACUUCAGAUGCCUGUGGUCUGUCUGAUGUGGCACAUGUGGAAAGUUUGCAAGAAAAGUCCCAAUGUGCUUUGGAAGAAUAUGUUAGAAGCCAGUACCCAAACCAACCAACAAGAUUUGGGAAAUUGUUACUUCGACUGCCCUCCCUCCGCACUGUCUCCUCCUCUGUCAUAGAGCAGUUGUUUUUCGUCCGGUUGGUAGGUAAAACCCCUAUAGAGACCCUAAUUAGGGAUAUGUUACUCUCUGGAAGCAGUUUCAAUUGGCCCUAUAUGUCCAUACAAUAAAACAUUAAGUAAUGAAAGGGAAAUAAAGGAGGGCAAAAAAAAAAAAAAAGUUGUAAACAAGAGACUGGUGGUCUGGUUGCAUAAAAUCCCCCUCUGCUAAGAAAGGAUUAAAAAAAAAAAAAAGCUGUUACACGUUUACUUUAAAGAAGAGAGGGAAGAAUUUAUUGGACUGUGAAUUAAAAAAAAAAAGACUAUCAAUGAACUCAUAUAAAAAUGCAUUUAAACACGUGUCGUUGAGAACAACUUGCUACUUAUCUUUUUUUUGUAAAAAAGACAGAAAAAUGUUCAAAAAACAAAACAGGAAAUUAGUCAUUUUUUGUAACCUUUUAAGUACCGCUAAAAAAGUGCAUUUAAGGAAAAGUGGACAAAAUUAGCAGAAAUGGGAAAGCAAGAGACUUCUUUUUUUUUUCUUCCAAAUUAUUAAUUGUCCUGUGUCUAUGUAUCUAUAACAUAUUUUCUUUUUUGUACUUUUCUGGUUCCAAACCAGUUUAUUCUGUGGUUCUAUAAUAUUUUUGAUAUAUUCUUGGCUUUAAAAAAAAAACUGUAUCCUUAAAGAAAAAGAAAUGUUCUCCAGGAAUUAAAACAACGUCCACACAAAUAUCAUAGGAAAAAAAAUGGAAUUCACAUAAUCAGGUUGGAUGCGCACUUACAAGUGAUGAGCCUAAAUUAAUUAUUGACCUGUAAUUAUUUCCCUACCUGAACCACACACGUUACUUCAUUACCCAAAACAGAUAUUUUUUAUUUUCUGUUUCAUUUUCUAAGAAAUAACUGCUUUGUGGGGUUGAAGUGGAAGGAGCUGCCGUGUUACACACACACACUUCAGUGUAGUUCAAUUACCUUUUGUCCACGCAGUAUCCUCAAUCUGAAGUUCCUAUACCUGUUUGUAUAUUUGCAAUCCCUUUGUAUUAUAAUUGUUGAUAUUUGCCCAUUUUUUUUUUUUUUUUUUUUUUUUUGAAAAGAGACAAAAAAAAAAAAUUUACAAUUCAGAUCAGCAUGACAAAUAACACUGUUGGCACUUAUAGAUAAUGUGAUUGAUUCGGUAUUUAGAGUUUACAGUUUUGUGUUAAAACUGAAGGGUUAUUUUUUAUUUUAAGUGCAACUUUUUUUCUGUAUACUGUAAAAGUUAUAACUGAACUGUUUGGUCAAGUCUUUGUGUGUUAUAUUCCAAGGAAAAUUGAAAGUAUUCAGAAAUUAAAAUAUUAUUUGAUAUCUGAAAUCUGGCUGUCACAAGUGUCUUUCAACCCCCCCCCCCCCAAAAAAAAUAACCAUCCCAAGCAUUCUAUUUCUGACCUUAGUGCUGAUUGAGAUAUUUACCCCAUGCAGCCCUUGGCAUACUUAGAUCUGGUAUUUAUCAGUCUGCCUGGUGCUGCAAGGGUUAAUGAUAUCACCCACCUCAGUCACAAGGUGUAGCAGUGUAUUUGCAUGCUUAAUUGGGUUGGAAAAUGUAAAAAUCAAUGAUUUAUCUGCGGUUUCACCAGUGCUGUACAAUAUUGCCAACAACUUGUAUCAUUAUCCCAUAUUUAAUUAAAGGUAGGGGUUUUUUUAAAGGGGAAAAAAGGCCUGAUAUAAGCGCCUCCUAAGUAUAAUUGAUUGUUCCUAUCAACCCGGAAUUCAUUUAGCAUCUAUUUUACAAUCCUAAACAGAAAAUAUAUCUGGUGUGCAUGCAAAAACCAGUGGCACACACACUCAUACACACAUAUUCAGCCCAGCUGCUUUUUACUGUGUUUUCAGGAAUAAAUUGGGAUCCCAGAUACCAUUUAUCAUUGCUAUUGAGUGAAGUGUACACAUCAAUUGGCUUAGCCUUAAGGUUAUAAAAUACACACAGCAAACUGAAUUUAAUUUCAAUUUAACUUGUGGUAGUUCAAGCAAGCUAUCUGAAUAUAUUUUACAAUUAAAAGAGAGUGGUGGUAUAUAUAUAUAUAUAUAUAUAUCUAUAUCUAUAUAUAUCUAUAUAUAUAUAUAUAUAGAUAUAUAGAUAGAUAUAUAGAUAUAUAGAUAUAUAUAUAGAUAUCAUCACUUUUUAUAACCAUAUAUAUAUUUAAUUAACUAGAAAUUUGCAUUAAUUCAUAAGACGCAAUUAAAACAUGCACUGGGCCUUACAAUUAUAAAAACACAUAUAUAUAUAUCUAAAACACAAAACUACAACAGAAAACUGGUUUGGAUAAUAUAUGAAUUUUUCUUUUUUUUUUUUCUUUCCUCAUAAAUUUAAAUGUAGGCAUCUAGCAAGAUUGCCUGUAAUUGGUUUAAGACGUAUUCAGCCACAGUUCAAUGUGGUUUAUUUUUUUAACCAAAACUACGUUUUAGUCCGUGAAAAAAAAAAAAAAUUGAAAAAUAUAAAGUUCACUUUUAAUUUAUUUGAAAUGCACGUCUCUGGACCAGAAAAAUGAUGUACGGAUGUGACCUCAUGAUAAUAUGAAAAUGGAUAUGAUCAUGUAUGUGUGUGUAUAUGUGUGUAGAGACAUACAUAUAUGUAUACAUACAGAGCACAUAUAUAUAUGGAGGAGGAUGUGUUGAGCAAGAUGACAAUUGCAGAGUAGUGCUGACCUCUAGGUUUAAAAAUUUCCCAUUGCAAGUCAUUUGUGAGUGUGUGAAGUUUGUAUAAAAAAAAAAAGAGAUAAAAAAAGAAAAAAAAACACAGGAUCUCUUGUUUGUUUUUGUGUUAGCUUGUUGUAAACAUGUGUUGUAAAUUGUCAUUGGUAUUAAAUUAUAAUUUAUGAUUUUGAAAAUCAAAA